AUGAAAGUCGAGGUAUUCGACUUGAAGCUUAUCAAAGAGGAUGGAAAACCUUACAUUGGCGGGGACGACUUAAAGGUAUGCUUAAAAUUUUUUUAGAUUCCAGAAAUUUUUUAUAUUACUGUGAUUAAUUUGAUACAUAAUUACAUCCACAGUAGAAUAAAAAACCUUUUUAGGGUCAAAUAACUCUACAAGUUCGAGAAUCCGUUCAAAUCACACGACUUACACUGAGGUUACAAGGAGAAGUACAGACGGCCUGGAUCGACAAGUACAGUGAGAUUAUGUACAAAAGCAAAGAGUACGUGCUCAACGAGUACAUUGACUUGACGAGUGAACUACAACGUCAUUGCACUGAAUCCAUGUUAUUUCAUGAAGGUAAACAUGUCAUGAACUUUUGCACCACCAUACCUUUGGACGUGAUAUCGUCGUUGGAAAGGGAUAAUAUGGGUUAUGUCAAGUACACGUGUGUGGCUGUUCUUGAUAUUCCGGAAGGGGGUGAUAGUGAGUUUGUUGCUGGUAAGUCUUUAUGCAUAAUUUUAAAAAGUUGCUAAAAGAUUCUUAUUGUUUUGUUGUAGUUACUUUUUGCGAUUACUGUUUAUCGUGUAUUACUAAUUUAUAACUGCGCAAUGUUACAGAAUGCGACUUCAAAGUAGUAUCUUUCCUGAACUUAGACGCGCCAUAUCUACGUGAAUCAGCUGUUGAUGAGGAGCGAGUCCAUCUUAUCGGAUAUUGUUGUAGAAAGCCCAAAGGAUUCAUACGAGCCAGGAUGGAAGUAUGUUGUCAGAUUAAUAUUAAACUAAUGUACCAUGAGCUUUAAGAUACGUAAAAGCCGCCAGAGGCUAACGCUAUGUAUGUUAGUAAAAUUUUCCUGUUAGCGCUAAAAUCAUUUUGUGCAAGAGUUGUCAUCAAAAACGUUGAUUUUAAUGAUUUGACACAAUUUGUUGUUAGCUGGCACAAGUUACUUUGAUUUUUAGGUAACAGAAACAGGCAUCUUACCGGGCGAAACAGUACGGUUGAAUGUUACAUUCGAGAACACGAUAAAGAAGAGGAAAAGGAAAAAGACACCCAAGUGUGCCCUCAUAUCACUUUGUCAACAACUUGACUUCAGGGCAGAAUCUACCGUUCAGCGUGGCUACAUGGGAGAGCGGUCUGUAACUAUGGCUCUCAAAAGUCAGGUGCGUAAGAAAAAAGUCCUCAAUACUAGUCUUUCAUAUUUGAGGGCACUAACCGCUAUCCACAACACUAUAGAUUUCGUAUUUCAAAAGUAUUUCGUCUUACUGUACUUCGACACUUUAGGGUGCAUGCAAAUCAGCACCAGGCAAAGGCCCAGAAGACCGUCAAAUUGACUUUGAUGUCCCUGAUGGGCUACCUCCAACUUCAGUCAAAGCCAACGGUCUGGUCACGGUGUCGUACUUCUUCAGGCUUGACAUGGAACACUUCGAUGUCAUCGUACCCGUUGUCAUCGGGUCUGUUAAAACUAUAGGCUCACAGAUCUUUCACUAG